AUGGAGAGAACCGGGAGCAUGCGGCAACGGCGUGGAGGGUUUGGGUCAAAGGCCUGCAAGUUCACGGCUGCUUGCAUGAGUGGAGUCUUGUUGUUCUGCAGGGGAGAGGGCGUUGCAGAACACCUGCGUGAAGGACUUCAGAACAGGGGUUUGGAGGAAGUACGCUCAGGCGCCACAAACCCUAUCUUAACAGUCCAGGGCACAACCGCCAGAUGCGAGUUAAACCAGAACGGUGGUCAGACAGCUCAGGCUGCAGCUACUGGCUCUUUGACGCUGUCGCAGAAGAAUCUCACAGCCGCCCUGGCAUGUGUCGGUAAAAGCCAAACAGCGGUUCCAGAGCAUCUGGCGAAUGUGUGCCAGCCAAAUGGCAAGAGUGCAGGAGCAAAUCAGUGCACGUUUGAAGACAACGCCUCAGCAGGCACUGCCGUCGCGCUGAACAAGCUACUUGGGGUAGAAACCGACGCUCAAUGGACAAAGGUCCAGCAAGCACAAAAAACAAAUACCACGACAGAGAAGUGGACGUUGCAAAUGAGGGAAGCAGAUCUUCCUUUUUCCGACAAAACCUUCCUCGUUGGGUGCAAAGACACUUCUUCGGGAUCCAGUACUAAAAACGUGUGCAAACUCACUGUAAAUGUGGAAGCGAGAGCUUCUUCUGUUGGAGACCACAACGUUGUCACCUGUGCGUACGGCAAAAACAGCAACCCUAAACCCUUGGAGGUGGAGAUGUCAACAGAGAACAAUACGCUCACUAUUCAGUGUGGAACCGAGGGUUCCCUCAAUCCUACAAGCUACACAACUGACUUCUGCAUCUCUGACAGUACAGACCUGGAAGCAUGCACGAAGAAGGCAUUUGUAAAUAUUCUUCCUACUUUUGUAACUAGCUGGUGGGCGACGACGGGUAAUUCCGCUAAGCUGACAAUUCCCCAGACAGACUUUCCGGAAGCUGACCAGCACAUCGUUUUGGGCUGCGUCCCGACCACUACUGCUUCGGAAGACCCCAAGAAAGCCAGAGAAAAGGAAGUAGAAACUGUUACACCAGCGAGUUGCCGUGUGCUGGUGACUAUCAAGUCCAGAAGCUCUACUUCGUAUGGAUCAUCGGCUAUGCAAAUGUUGGCAGCGGCCUCGGGAGCGGCCGCAGUGACAGGGCUCAUUGUUGGCUCCUUGUAA